ACGUCGAAAGGUUGGCAUCAACCCCCCCAGCUUGUUGUCUCCCCUCUCUCUUCUGCACUUCUUCUAACUUCUCCUUUUCACUCCACGCUUCCUUCUUUCUUUCCCAUUCUCUUCCUUUUCACUCUAUUUUCUAUUCUAAUUAUCCUUUCCUUUUUUUUACCUCUCUUUUUCCGUUACUUAAUUAAUUAACUAAAACUAUUAUAAAGGUUUUAUUCACCUUUUUAGCAAUUCAUAACAUACACGUACUUCAACUUCACUUCAAAUCAAAUCUAUUUUUUUCCUUCUACAAUUUUACCCUUUUUCUCAUUUUUUAUUUUAUUUUUCAUUUCUCCCUUUUUGGAAUUCCAUUAUUUGACUUUGCUGAAUCUUCUUGAAUCAACACUGUUGCUGCUUGCAUUUAUAGAUUCAGUUGGGGUUUAAUUAAACUGGGAAUUCGCAAGAUCUACGGCACCGUUUGUUUUAGGCUAAAAGUUUUGAUCUUGUUGGUGGACCAAACUGAAUUACCGGUGUGGAUCCGAUCGGGGGUAGAAACAGCGCCAUCACAUGGCGCUGUUCAGAAGAUUCUUCUACCGGAAGCCGCCGGAUCGGCUUUUGGAGAUCUCCGAGAGAGUUUAUGUUUUUGAUUGUUGCUUCUCACCGGAGGUCUUGGAAGAAGAUGAAUACAGAGUUUAUAUGGGGGGAGUUGUGGCUCAGCUACAGGAUCACUUUCCGGAUGCUUCUUUCAUGGUGUUCAACUUCCGAGAAGGGGAGAGACGCAGCCAAGUCUCAGACAUACUUUCUCAGUAUGACAUGACAGUCAUGGAGUACCCUCGGCAAUACGAGGGUUGUCCCCUUCUGCCUUUAGAGAUGAUCCAUCACUUUCUGCGAUCAAGUGAAAGCUGGUUGUCUUUGGAGGGGCAACAGAAUGUUCUUUUGAUGCACUGUGAAAGGGGAGGUUGGCCUGUGCUGGCAUUCAUGUUAGCAGGUCUUCUGUUAUACCGGAAACAGUACAAUGGUGAGCAGAAGACUCUUGAAAUGGUCUACAAGCAAGCUCCGAGAGAACUACUCCACCUUUUAACUCCGUUGAAUCCGCAGCCUUCUCAGUUCAGAUAUCUUCAGUAUAUUUCGAGGAGACAUCUGGGUUCUGAGUGGCCACCGUCAGAAACACCCUUGUAUCUGGAUUGUUUGAUUCUUAGAGAUCUUCCAUUAUUUGAUAACGGAAAAGGUUGCAGACCUGUUGUGCGUGUUUAUGGUCCUGACCCUUCAAAACCUGCCAAUAGAAGUUCAAAGCUUCUUUUUUCAACCUCAAACUCCAAAAAGCAUGCUCGACACUAUCAACAGGCAGAGUGUGUGCUUGUGAAGAUUGAUAUCCAGUUUCGUGUUCAAGGAGAUGUGGUUCUUGAGUGCAUAGAUUUAAAUGAAGAUUCUACUGGUGAGGAGAUGAUGUUUAGAGUUAUGUUCCAUACUGCAUUUGUACGGUCAAAUAUAUUGAUGCUGAGCCGCGACGAAAUUGAUAUCUUGUGGGAUGCAAAGGAUCAAUACCCUAAGGACUUCAAAGCAGAGUCACGGCGAGUGAAGAUGCAAAUGAGACAGAAAAUGCUGAGAUAGAAAGUGCUUCACCUGAGGAAUUCUAUGAAGUGGAAGAGAUUUUCAGCAAUGUAAUUGAUGCACAGGAAAGUAAGGCAGAGGAGGAUUUUCAUGACAAUGCAGUGGAUGACGAAAAUCGUAAAGGGAUCUGGAGGGAAGAUUCAGAUCCUCAUGCUUUUCAGGAUUGCACGCCAGAUGACGGGAUUCACAAACAGGUUGGAAAGAUGGAUUCCGGUAUAAAUGCUGUGAAAGAUAUCUCUGUUGAUGAUGUCAACUACAAGUUCAAUGAAAGCAUGGAUUCAGAUCCUCAGGCUGUGAAGGACAUUGCCAUGGAUGAUGGAGAAAUAAAGUCAACUUCCAUUGACAUCACUUAUGAUAUGACGGUACCUCUGG